AUGGCCAUUCCAGAUGGAUGUGGGCGAAAUACAGUCGCUGGAAGCUGCAGCUUAGCUAGAAGUCCAGUGAGCUUCUUAACAAGGGUAAAACUACAGUUUAUUGAUGUAAUGACAAAUAUAUUGGUGUAUUGCAUGCUCAACCCUGGUUUUAGUGAGUUAAACAUAUCAGAAAUAUAUCCCCGCAAUUUCAAGUCGUUUCGAGCAAAAUUCUCAAAGUUAUCAAGUAUUCAAUAUCUGCGUCUUCAAAGUGUAGCUCAGACAGCUGCAGAAGAAUGUAGCUGUUCUGACAGCUGCGGACUGUCAGAAUGUCAAUGCUGCUUGUUUGAGGAAUACUUCAGUUUGGAUGGCAAUCUGAACAAACAGAAUUAUCGCUACUGGGGCAGAGAACGGUCAGAGAUCACUGUUGUCCGAAGCCUCCAACCGAAAAAAAUUCUUGUGUGGUGUGCAAUAUCCUCGCAUGGUGUGUUUGGCCCUGUUUUCAUCGAUGGAACUCUAAGCGGGGCGAAAUACAGAAAGUUACUGGACGCGGAGUUCAUCCCUUUUCUUCAUGGUAAUGACUUGGUUCAAGGUCAAUGGUUUAUGCAAGAUGGAGCAAGACCACAUCGUACCGCGGAAGUUUUCGAGAUGCUCAAUGAGCAUUUUAGCGAUCGAAUUACUGGGUUAGAUUACUCAUCGCACUUCCAAGGUGGUAUCAAAUGGCCCCCACACUCAUCGGAUUUGAACCCCUGCGAUUACUACCUAUGGGGUAGUUUGAAGAGCAAAAUAUGGCAGAGAAGUCCUACGAACCUUUCAGAACUGAAAACUGCCAUUACAACUGCUGUCGAGACGAUUGACAGUGAGGCCCACUCACGAGUAAUGGUUGGAUUCCAGAAACGCCUAACUGCUGUCCUUGUUAAAGAUGGCGGUCACUUCAAACCUCUAUAUCAUUAA